AUGUGGGAAGUCGUGUGGACGGAUCCCGACAGGGAGUCCAGGAAGGAGCAUCGCGAUCGGAAAGCCGUCGAGCGAGAGAACAAGGACAAGACCCGCACAGCUAGAAGCUCAAUGUCCACUCGGAGCUCGUCGUCGUCCGAAAAUAAGCCAUUUAGCUUUUUCGGAUCCAAGGGUCUUAAGCGGACACUUACACCAUCGAGCGCCAAAGCAUCAAUGACAACCGCACUGAAAGCCCCAAGUAUCGACAGUGCCUACAGAGGCUCGCGCUUGUCGAAUGUCUCGGAGCCAUCGCCAUUGCCAACGGAGCUCCCCUGCAGUCCUGUCACGGCCGUAGAUCACACUCUCCUGCCGGAACAUUUUGCUGAAUCGUCCCAAAGCUCGCCCAUAUCGUCUAACAGAGGCUUCAUAGACUCUGUAUUCUCCAAGUGGACCGACACUUCGCUCGCUGGGCCAACGUCUCCCUGCAACACAUCCGUGGCUGAGUCGACGGCAGCAAAGCGGGAGCACUACGUCCAGACGCUCAGCCCAACGUCCUUCAUUACCAAGAGCACCGAGGUUACCAUCUUGCCCCGGACGAUAGAGAACGACAUCGCGGGCAUGGUCUCGCAUAUCACCAUUACAGCUGAGCCAGUCAAGGAGGGGCCGCCGACCCCUCCUCGCUCGCCAGCAACGCAACCUGCCGUUUCGGCUAUGGUAGACCCUUCCAUGCUUGACACGCCCGUCAACCUGUUCCCAGGACAGGCCAGUCCAAAACAAUCCUUACGACGGGUGCCUUCCUGGACGACGGCGUUUAAGCCCAAUAACCCUGAUGCCUGGAAGCCUCCAGAUGCCUGGGACUGCGGGCCUCCGCCCGAAGUGCGAACCCCGAUGAUUGAGGAUGUUAUUGAGGAGAUAUCGGAGCUUGAAGCUGGGCUUGCCAUGUCCAUGGACCUCAACAGCAUGCAACGCGAGGUCAGGCGUAUGGCCGCCGCAAGCUACAGCAUCCGCCUCCUGCGCCUGAAAGAGGUCUGGGGCGACACUACCGACGCUAAUCUCUACAAGGAAUUGGAGAUGGAAAAGAAAAGAUGGAUGCUCUCGUCGUUGCACAAUAUGGACAAACAGGCCAACCAAGACCAGACUUCUCACCCUACUAAGAUUACUCCGGCCAAAGCGAAGAAGGUCCUGGCACUCUACGAGACUCAAGCGACCACAUCAUACUUGGCCGCUCUCCACUUCAACAAGCAAGUCUACCAUAUGUCCUCCGCGCCUCUUUCUCACACUCUUUUCCCCAACAUACAUCCGGUUCUCGUGCCGGCCAUCUCGCCAUCGGCGUUUCCCGUUGCCCCGUCUCUGUUUGGCGUAGCCUAUGCGCUGGCGCUCCCGGCACUGCUGCCAUCGUCCGAAGUACCUGGCCUCCUCAAGAAUGUCCACCGGUGUCUUGCUGUUGGCGGAGCCCUACAUCUGACACUAAUCGAUCCUCUGCCAAUCGCCAGCACUCUGGGUCCGCUUAUGCGCUCGUGGAUCGAGGAGAACCUAAUCUUCAAUCUGGAGAAGAACUUCCGCUGCAUGAACCCCAGCAAGCUCUUCCCUCUAUGGCUCGCAGACGCUUCUCUCCGUGGCGAGGGCAGUACCAUUACCACGGUGAAGUUCUGCGCCAUGCCUCCCGCCGAGAGGCCGGACACAGGCACAACAGACGCCGAACAGGUUACAGACAGAGCCAUUAAGCAGGAGCUACGCAGCAUGGUCGGUCGAAUGCUCUGGAAGGAAGUAUGGGGGCAAUUCGUCACCGCCGACCGAUGGUGGUGGGAGCACCCCGACAUCGUCGCGGAAUGUGAGCAGGUCAAGACGGCGUGGGAGUACAGUAUCAUUGAGGCAGUCAAGAGUGCGUGA